AAAAGCACACAGUUCAAAAUUCAUCAAGUGUGCGUGUCGGUCGUUGUGUACUUCUCCGCGUUUCUCCUGCUUCCUCUCAUUGUUUUGAGUGGCCCGGCAGCGUUCCAGGCCGUCUCUUUGCUGUCCCAUCAUCAAGGAACAUUUGUAUUGCCAGGAAAGCACAUGGCACAUGUGAUCACUGCCGUCGAAGGCACUCAAGCGGACCUCUGGAAGGUAAAGCGUGCUCUCCUUUCGGUCUCGGACAAGACGGGCUUGCUAGAGCUCGCCACGUUUCUGGUGGAGCAGGGCGUGGAGCUUUUGUCCACGGGGGGGACUGCCAAAGUGAUACGAGAGGCGGGACUGCCGGUCAAGGACGUGUCGGAGUACACCGGCGCCCCCGAGAUCUUGGACGGGCGCGUCAAGACACUCCACCCCAAGGUCCAUGGCGGUCUGUUGGGGGUGCGAGGAAACCCCACGCAUGAGUCACAAAUGGCGGAGAACGGAAUCUCGAACAUCGACGUUGUGGUGCUGAACCUGUACGCCUUCGAGCACACUGUACAGAAGGGCGGGGACUUCGCCACAUGCAUCGAGAACAUUGACAUUGGCGGGCCGUCCAUGCUGCGCUCCUCGGCCAAGAACCACAAGUACGUCGUUAUUGCCACCUCGCCCUCUCAGUACGGUGAACUCAUGGCCGAGAUGAAGGCUCAUGGCGGAAGCACAUCCUUGGCCCUGCGAAAGCGCUUCGCCGCGCGCGCCUUUGCCACCUCGGCGGCCUACGACUCGGCUAUCGCCGGAUGGAUCAAUGGCCAGCUCGGUGAGGCCGCGCCUGUCGUGACGCGCGUCUACACGCCGCAAUUCCCCCUCAAGUAUGGCUGCAACCCCCAUCAGGCGCCCGCGGGCAUCCUCUCCAUCCUCGGCACCCCCAUGCCUUUCCAGGUCCUGAACGGCACGCCCGGCUACAUCAACCUGCUAGACGCACUCAACGCUUACCAGCUCGUGCGGGAGCUUCGCGCGGCUCUGGGCUUGGCGGCAGCAGCCUCGUUCAAGCACGUGUCGCCCGCGGGGGCCGGGGUGGCCGUGCCACUGACCGCGGAGGAGGCCCAGGCCUACGAGGUCGGAGAACCGGGGGCCUUGACUCCCGUUGCCCUCGCCUACAUUCGCGCGCGCGGUGCGGAUCCCAUGUGCUCUUUCGGGGACUUUGUGGCCGUGAGCGACGUGGUAGACGAGGCGACAGCGAAGGUCCUACAGAGGGAGGUGAGUGACGGAAUCAUUGCCCCGGGCUACGAGCCCGCGGCGUUGCAGAUCCUGGCCUCCAAGAAGCAGGGGAAGUUCAUUGUCCUGCAGGCCACAGCAGAUUUCACGCCUCCCCCUGUGGAGUAUCGGGAGGUCUACGGUGCAGCCUUCAAGCAGCGCCGCAACGACGCCUUCCUCUCCCCAUCGGAUCUGAGCAAAGUGGUGACAACCGCUCAGCUUCCUGAGGAGGCGGUGCGGGAUCUGAUCAUUGCCUCCAUCGCCAUCAAGUACACUCAAUCCAAUUCGGUUGGCUACGCCUUGAAUGGGCAGGUAAUCGGCGUGGGGGCAGGUCAGCAAAGUCGAGUGGACUGUGUGAAACUAGCGGGGCGAAAGGUGGAAAUCUGGUGGCUGCGACAGCACCCGAAGGUGCGCUCCCUGGCCUUUAAGCCCACUGUGAAGCGUCAGGACCGCGUCAAUGCCCGCGUGCGCUACAUCGAAGGCGACAUCACCGCGGCGGAGCGUCCACUCUGGGAGGCAAACUUCGAGGACGUGCCGUCGCCCCUCACAGAAGAUGAGAAGGCGGCUUUCAUGGGAACGCUGAAAGGGGUGAGCUUGUCCUCGGACGCAUUUUUCCCGUUUCGGGACUCCAUCGACCACGCCUCCAAGUAUGGGGUGACGUACGUUGUCCAGCCAGGAGGCUCAGUCCAAGAUACGCAGGUUACUGAGUGCUGCAACAACUACGGUAUGGCGAUGGCCUUCACAAAUGUUCGACUCUUCCAUCACUAGAUCGUGGGCGACGUUCUUAGACCGCCAGGUCCACUAACAAAAAUAUGGAUUUACCAGGGUAAAGAAAGUAGCCGCAGCUCGCAACCUAGCUAGGCGAGCUUCGACGUUGCAUGACAAUGACUCACUCCACCUCCGACAGCCAAUAUUCUUUGCAAAAUGGUCUACAAAGUUAUUUAGCCCGAAAUGACGUAGAGAUUACCGAUAAGAUACGGUUGAAAGCGAAGUUUUUUUCAGGUUCAAAUACAGGGUGUUUUGAAAUACUUUCAUUCAAAGAACAAAGCAAUACUUUGCGGG